AAUCAUCGUUCACUCAGCAUUACGAAUUAAUUAUAUUUCAGUUCUUUCCCCUUAUUGACUUUUCCGGUUCCCUUAAUUUAUUUCUCUCCCACCAUGUCCUACGCCAACGGCUACGAGAACUACGAGUACGAUGCGUCGUCCAGCUACCCGUACCAACAGGUGUACCAGCCGCAGUUUGUGGGCUACCCGGGCCAGGGCUACUACCGGCAGUCGGCGCAAGAGCUUGAGCACGACUCGGGCGAUUCGUCCGCCAGACAGUCGCCGUUUGACCCGCAAGCAGAAGCACCAGCGCCGUUCCAGGGUGACUACGGCUUUCAGCCGUUCGAACAACCAGAGGAGUACGACCGCGCCUUCGCACAGGAGUACGCGCGCGAAGAGGCACCUUCACGCGCGCCCGUCGUACGCGACGAGCUCACCACGAGCGCUCCCUCGCGUACGGUGUACCUCGGCAACAUCCCGCAGUCAUUACGUGCGAACGAGCUCCUUGACUACGUGCGCUCCGGGAUCAUUGAGUCGGUGAAAAUCCUCCCGGAGAAGCAAUGUGCGUUUAUCUCGUUCAUCGACUGCCAGAGCGCGUUGCUCUUCCACAGCGAUGCAAUCUUGAAGCGCUUGAGCAUCAUGAACCACGAUAUCCGCAUCGGCUGGGGCAAGCAGUCGCCGAUUCAGCCGGUGGUGAUGAACUCGAUCACACGUGACGGCGCAACGCGCAAUGUGUACCUCGGCAACCUCAGUGUGGACAUGCGCGAGGAGGAGCUCCACGCAGAUUUGGCCAAGUACGGCCCGAUCGACACGAUCAAGAUCAUCCCCGAGAAAGGCAUCGCGUUCGUACACUUCCUCCUGAUUCUCAACGCGGUCCGCUGUGUGCAGCACCUUCCACUUGUGGAUAAGUACACCGACAAGAAGAUCUUCUACGGUAAAGACCGGUGCGCGUUCAUCACCAAGACGCAGCAGCACAACGCGGCGCAGUACCUCGGCCUCACCCCCGGAAUGGAGCACCUCGUGCUGACCGCUGAUCGUGAGUUCAUCUCGAACGCGCUUGUGCAGCAGUCGGUCGCGGCCGCGGCCAUCGCCACGUCUGCCGGCGGCGCAAACAACCUCGGCAACCGCACAGUAUACCUUGGCAACUUACACCAAGACUCCACCAUUGAGGAGAUCUGCAACGUUGUGCGUGGGGGGUUGUUACAGUCGAUCCGCUUGCUCUCUGAACGCCACAUCUGCUUCAUUACCUUUAUCGACCCGAUCUCCGCGGCGCAGUUCUACGCGAUGUGUGUGUUGCACGGGCUCACCAUCCACAACCGCAAGAUCAAGAUUGGCUGGGGAAAACACUCGGGGCCGUUGCCGCAGGCGCUCUCGCUCGCGGUUAGUAAUGGCGCGUCGCGCAACAUCUACGUCGGGAACAUUGCAGACUUUGCGUCGUUUUCGGCGGAUAAGUUGCGCGCGGAUUUCGGGGCGUUCGGCGCCAUGGAGCAGAUCAACUUUUUGAAGGAGAAGAACUGUGCUUUCGUCAACUUUGUCAACAUUGCCGACGCCAUCAAGGCCAUCGACGGCGUCAAGUCCUUGCCGGGCUUUGCCGCCUUGAAGAUCAACUUUGGUAAGGACCGCUGCGGCAACUUGCCCCGCCUCUUCCAGCAGGCCCAGCCUGACGCCCCGGAGUUCCGCGACGCCUAACAACCGACCCUGCAUCUACGACCCUGCAUCUUUUCUUCUCUGUAGUUUAUCUUUUGGCCUCUUUUCUUCUGUUCUGUGUAUAUACUUUUAGCUUGUAUAAGACAGACUUCCAUGGAAUCACUCAUGAAAGAAGUCGUCUACUUUUUAACCUUCACUAGGAGAAUCCGGUGGGUUUGAGCUUUUGUCAUGAGCCCAUUCCGUGUGUAUACUAUUGUAAUAUUUCCGUGGAAUCCCUCUGUAGCCGUAGUACAGGUUAUAGGUGUAUUGGGCUAUGAUUAGCUAUACACAUAUUUUUGUGUCCGCCG